AUGGCAAAACAAAAAUUUAGCAACUGGAUCCUGCUUAUAGUAUUCGAAAAGCUAUCAAACAAAAUACUCUUCUCCAUAACCAGUUUGAAGAGACUGGCGGCGGAGGAGGAGAAGAGGAAGCGCGAGGAAGAGGAGCAGGAGAGAGCAAGACGGGAACAGGCGCAAAGAGAGAAAGAGAGGAAGCGUCAGGAGGAGAGGAAGCGGCAGAUGGAGCGAUUCCAGAGGAUGAGAGAGGAGGAGGAACUGAGGAGGAAAGCUGAACUAGAGCGUCUGCGGCUGGAAGAGGAGAGGAGGCAGGAGGAGGAGAACAAGAAGCUACAGGAGAUGGAUGAGAGUGAGAGGAUAGAGUACCUCCGUAGGAAGGAGCAGGAGGAGGAGGACAGGAGGAACAAAGAGGAGGAGCGUAACAGGAUAGAACAGGAGGCUGCCUCGCAGGCUGCAGAGGAGGCCAGGCUGCAGGCAGAGCUGCUCGCCAGACAGAUGGCGCUGUUGGAGCGUCAGUUGGCCUUUAAAAGGGGUCUCACAUUGGAGGCCGGAGGUCUGGAGAAAACUCAGGGUAUCUCCAGACCGUGGAUCUACUCUUAUUUCACUUUAUUACAGCUACUGGGUUUAAAUCCAACUAAAGCUAACCACAACCCCUGACCUUUAACCUCCAUUUGAGAUCAUGAUAGUUUUUGUUUGAUGAAAUGGUUCACUGAUCUUGGAAGAUGAUCAAAUCAAAUGGAACACAUUCAGUGAUGGGAGACGAGCAUCUACACACUCCUCACCUGUUGCUAGAGGGAAAAUACCUUCUUCAUUGUCCCUUUGUCAAAGACACCAUUUGCUUUCUGUUGUCUUUAUUUCUAUAGAAGACAAAAGUUUUAAGUUGUGUCGUAAAGUGCACUCGCAGCUGUAUAAGCCCCGCUUCUUUUUGCGUCCACAAAAUGUAUGUAUGCCACUGGACUAAAUAGCCUUCACGCAACAUACAGGUGGCCUGGCUAGUGUAAAGGAUAAAAAAAGAACACCUCCAAACCUUAUUAAUACACCAACAAAUAAACUGGAAUAUUAAGUUGCAAACAAACUAACACAUCUAAAUAAAGUAUGAUCAAUGAACUAAA